CGAUGCGGCAACGAGCUGCGAUGAUCGUCGGCCAUGGCUUCCGGUUCCAGGUUUCAAUAAUAAUGGCGGUCUCAGUGGGGGACAACGUCAUCACUAAUUCCCAAGCCUAACAUGCGCCCCCCCUUUUCUUUUUUCUGUAUGCUUCAGACACGCAAUCAUUGCGGCGCCCAUGUCCUACACACUUCUCCCUCAGCUUCUUCUUCUUCCACUUCUCUUUCUUUUUCCGUAGCACGUAUCAUUUGAUUCCGUAGAUUUCAGACUCGGAAACACUUCUGGGCUGUAAAAAUGAGAUUUUUUAUCAAGGAUUUCAGGCGAGAGUUUCUUCAAUUUGCAGGCGCGGAUUGGAUCUCCCGUCUACUUGCCCAUACGCUCUGAGCUUGUUUUGUUUUGUUUUUUUUCCUCUUCCGUUUUGAUUAGACUUUAUUGAAUUGUGCAUAUCUGUGGAUAGAAUUGUAGCGAGAUCUUGAAUUUUUCUUAAGAGAUUGGGAGAUCAUAAUAGUGAUUAGGGGAGAUUCAGAAUGAUGCCUGAAGGCUGUUGUGGGUCAAGCUUCAUUCUGGCGCUCCCUGAUGAUUUGUUUGCGGCAGUGGCCAAAUCCCUAUCCCCGAGGGAUGUGUGCAAUCUCACCCUUUGCUGCAAGAGUUUUCAAGAGCUGGUGACCUCCGAAAAGAUAUGGCUUGCCCAAUGUGAGGCACUAGGGUUGGUUUCCCACUGUGAACUGAUUGAAUGGAGAAAGGGGGUUUCUUCUUUCAAGGCCAUAUGCCGUUUCCUCGUGGGCAUAAGCCCUUUGCUAGGCAUUUGGGUUCAUCAAAACCCUGAACUUGGAAACGUUGUUUAUGUCAUGCCCGGUUUCCUUUCGGUCAUCGGUUGCCGGAUCAUCCCCCAAGAGCUUGGUCCGUUAGGCCUUGAAGACGGGCCGAUUCUUUGGGCUCCCGUGUUUGAAAUUGUUUGCGAUUAUGAGGGCUUGCCUGCAUUCUUUCUUCACGGCAGGGAGAGAGGAAACGACUGUGUUUAUCCUGGUUUCCUUAAGCCGGUUGAUAGGACUUGCAAUGUUCUUUUGUUAGAGGUUGAGCCUGGUGGACAGAUUGAAUCUGAAGUGAAGUUUAACCGGUUGGGUUUUGGCGAUAGGAGAAAGUUACUGGACACAGUCACUAGCAAGGUUCGUCUGGAAGUUCCAGAAGCAGCUAAUGUUCUACUCUUUCCACGUAUGACCAUCAAUGAGGCUCAAAUGAAGCAGGAUAUGACAGUCUUGUAUGAAAGAAGAUUGCUGCUAAUGCAAUUGCAUAAGGUUGAUGGGAGGAAUUGCCAAGAAAUACAUCUAGAUUCUCCGCAUCUUAGUUUGAGUGAGAUAAGGCAGAAUCUUGAUCAAGCAAGUGGAAUUGAAUCUCCGACUCAGAAGAAGAAAACCUUUGUGGGACACAUUAGGGAAAGUCUGAAACAGAUAUUGGGAAAGUCAAGUUCUAUGAAUCACGGCCAUUUAUCCAGUAGUGGCAACUACAAGCACGCACGGCUUCUUGAGUUUCUGCAACUGGGGGAAACCAUUGGACUCAGUUUACAUGCUUCCACUAUAAAGUUAUCUUCUUACAGGGCAUGGCCGAACAUGCAUGACAGUAAGUUUGCUCUCUACAAGUUGCAUGUUCAGUCUGUUGUAGCUGGUCAAGAAUAUGCUGGUCUGUGGGGCGGUACUUUUGGUUGGCCACCAGGGAAGCCAUCUGAAGACAAGCCUGGAAAGGCUAUGUUUCUUCUUCUGCUUUCUUAUGAGGAGUCGGAUGUGAAUAAACUCAUUGCCACCAAGAUAUUAGAAGGCACACAUUAUGUCUUACACCCUAAUGGGUCAGCCAUGUUUAUAGUGAGCGUCAAUGAGCCAUCACCGGAUGAAUUCCCAUGGGACAGUGAUGGAGAUUGCAAUCCCAUUGAUGUGAAGACUGCUUUUACAGGAGAAGGUAUUGCCAAUGGGUAUGGUUUUAGGUAUCCUGGUUCAAAACCCGGUUCACUAUAUGUGAUCCAAGAUUCACUGUUAGCUUUUGUAUGGAAGGAGUCUGGAGCUGUGUUGACCUUGCAGAGACUCAACCUGAAAGAGCUUUUGAAGAAAGGUGAACGGGUUGAUUCUCUACCUCCGGUUUCCAACUUCGCAUACCUAACUAGGUCAUACUCAAAUGUGUUUGCUGGCUUCUGCAAUGCUUCUAAUGGCUCAACUUCUCCUACGUUGGACUAUUGAUAGAAGAGUGGGGGGCACUGAUACAAGGGCCUGGAAUGUAUAUGUUGCUGCUGUUUUUACCAAAGCACUCAGAUUCUUGAUGCGCUUAUUCGUUUAUGGAUCAUGCAUUCAUGCUACAGUUACACCACGGAUGACACUAAGAUUGACACCGUCAGCACUUCACAAACAAUCAUUAAACUUAAGUAGCAUUUUGCAUCAUUUUUUGCACAGUUAGGAAUGUAUUUCAUUGUGAUGUUACCAAUUUUCUUAUCUUCAUACCAAAGUACUGGUUUCUCUUACAAUUUUUUUCCCUCCUCCCUCUUGCAAGUCAUGUACUCGUAUAGAAACCUGAUAUAGUUUGACUGUGCCACGGGCCACAGCCACCUAUUGUUACUUAAUUUCAUGUUGUAUCACUCAUGUAUUGCACGGAUCUUAUUCACGUUAAUAAAUUAAGAUCAUUUUU